AUGUUGCCUGUAGUGAUACAGAAGUGUCCUUCGGCGGAGAAUGACUUUCUGCCGUUGAGUGAGUAUCAGUCUCAAACCCCUGAGACCUUCUUUGAGGGGAAACCAGUUCUAUACUUUCACGAUGAAAGUAUUAAGGCCUGGGUCUCGAACGAGAAACUCGAAGAACUGUUUUUCUUUUCACAAAACUCGGCUAGCGAACCAACGUCUCUAAAGCCUACGCCCCCCGAAUCCCAUGCGCUUGACAGCGAGGACAAACACACGUGCGAAGAGAACAAGGUCGAGGUCUUCGUUUCUUCGAGAAAAUUGAUCUUGUUCUCUCACAAUAGCGGCAAAGGAAUUGAGAUUCCGUAUCCUACCGUCACGCUUCACGCGAUCAAGAACUUCAAGCUCCUUGACAAAUCCGAUGAUGAUUCACAGUCCAAAUUUUCGGGCGUCUACAUGCAACUAGAGUUUUCCAAUUCUGCCCCCGACGACGACGAAAGCUUCGAACCGAUCGAGCUUACGCUCAUCCCUUACAAACCUAGCUCAAGCGAUGAGGUCCACGCUGCUCUAGAUCCCCUGAACGCGGAACGAACGAGCGCGCUUUUCAACCAAAUAUCAGCUUGCUCAAAUCUGAACCCCGACCCCCGUAAUGAGGGCGAAGAAGACGAUGAAGAUGACGAAUUCAACGCAGACCACAUCGUAUUCGAGGGUAAUGUCGAUGAAGGAGUGGCGAUUGAGGGCCUACCAGGUGUAUUGCAGGGAAACAAUACCGGGGGGUUACCCCCUCCCAUGCCAGGUAGUUCUGGCUGGAUAACGGCGGAUAAUGUCAACGAGUAUUUUGAUGAAGAAGGAAACUGGAUUGGCGAUAAUGGCGUUAGUGGUGAGCUUGGUGAUGGCGCGGGUCGCGUUCGCGGCCGGGAUGAGGUUGAGCAGGAUGGAAAGAAUGGGCAUGAAGAGGUAGAGGACAGUGACGUGAAGCGACCUCGGACUGAGUAA